AUGGUUAUAAGUGUUUCAGUGAUUACUAAUGAUGUUUUUAACUUUAUAAUUUUACAACCACGUUGUAAUAAAUGCGUCGGGCAUCACGAAAAUGAUGUAGUUUUGUUCGGUUGGGGAGUAAAAUUCAAAUUUAAAAUUCUUUGGAUGAAAAUGAGAUGCCCGCAUGCUUUCCAUGCUGCAAGGAGAUCUUUAAAAUAUUAA